UGGUUGUAGAUGGUCAAUAAGUUUUGGUUAGUGUAUGCUUUGAAACUAUACGCUUUAGUGUACGAGUUAAAUAGAUAAUUAUAUUAUUAGCCUGAGUGCUGCUCCGUCUCGUUUUCGUACAUGAGGAAGGACCGGCAUCCCGACAACUCCACGGAAUCGGCAAGCCCGCCCGAUUACCACCGCGAUCCACCGGAAGAAGACGCUCCUCCGUCAUUGAUGGCCUACCCAUCACUGGAGACACUGCAGCAGAGAUUGGACACAUUCGAGGAUCGUUUUAUCGACCAAAACCAGCAGGAUGACCGGACACUCGUAUCGCGAAUUGCCAGAGUCGCCCCCAUGUCUGCAGCAACCGAGUCGACGCGCGACCGCCAGAUACCCACCCCGCAUCCCGGCGCCUACAACACCACCAUCCCCAGCUUCCCAUGCACUGAAGUCGCAGCCUCAGUCUCCGCAAGUGUCGCCGCAACCACGGCCACGACCUCAGCCGCCGCAAGUGUCGCUGCUAGUUUCGCCCCAACCACGAGCGCUGCCGCCGUCGCCGGAAGUUCCACUGCAUGGGCGGCGCGCACCGUCGCCGGAAGUUCCACAGCAGGGGCGGCCCGCACCGUCACCGGAAGUUACACAGCAGGGGCGGCCCGCACCGGCGGUAUACGUUCCGCCGUACACGCCACCGGAUGGAACACCCCCUACUCCCCCCCAAACGCCUCCGCCACCUCCUACACCGCCACCUACGCCUCCUCGCGUGGCCGAUACAUCACCAACUACAUACGCCCUAUUGAACCCGUCGAUUACCAACAAUACUUAUACUGCGUAGCCUCCACUUCUCGCGGCUACCCCAGACAUACCUACAAUCCAUCCACGAUUCACUCCUACGCAGCCGGCUCACACUCCUCCCCCGUCUCGGGCUCUUCCUCCGCCAGCAGAUCUGCAGCUACCCUCGCCGCCAGUAACCUCAACCCCGAAGCCCCGAUCUUCCGCCCCCGAUACCUCGACGCGGAAAUGCCCAGCGUAUCGGAACCGCGCAAGGUGGCCAAGCGGUCGGAGCAGCACACAUCGGUCAAAAGGAACGACGACAUUGCAGUCGGCCACGGUGGCCACGGCGACGAUGACGACGAAGACAUGGACAUAGACAUCUAGCCAUGAUGUUUCGAUACUACACCGACGGCGGCUCCAAUAAUUAUGUCGAAAUAAUAUUUAAAACAUUCAUAAAACUUUUUCAAUAUUAAAAUUAAUGCAGGUAGCUACUCGCCGUCGAGAUUUUUUUGAUUUUUUAAUUUCCAUUUUUAUUUUUAUUUUUAUUUUUUUUUUUUGCAUUACUUAUAUUUUAUUUCAUAAUAUUAUAAAUGCUUUAUAUCUUUACGUUUAGUUAGCGCCACACGUCCAUAACAUUAUAAGGCUUACACAAUAUUGUUAUUCGUAAAAACUGUCGUUAAAGCCACGCAAAAAACCGAAUCAGCUCAUUACACCUAAGUACUAAAUUAUUUUAAUACAUUAUUUUAUUUGUAUGGAUAACGUGAUACCGCACAUCGUGGCAAGUACGCGAAAAACUCAACUUUUCAAUUAUUACUGACUGGAAGGAAAUAGGGUACCUUUACUAUAGUAAAAUAUUAUUAUUCUUUUAUUUUUUGCAAAACUCCGUUUUUUUCCACGUGGUACGAAAAAAGUUGUAAUUGUUUURAAAAUUCCGGGUUGUUUGUAUGUUAUUUUUUUCAAAAGUUGUACGCAACUUUUUCCGUCACCGAAUGGACGAAAAAAACGAUUUGCAACCAAAUGGGCGUGUGGUGCCACAUUUUUUUUUAUUAUUAUUAUUAAAGUCCGAGUGUAUUACAAAAGCUUCAGACUGCAUAAAAUUGCCAUCUCGUCGUAAGCUCAUAGUACAAUAAUAAUUAUGUUCGUUUACCGUAAAAGCAUUAUAUUAAAAACUUAUUUAUACU